GAUCUUUGCAGGUUACCGAGUGAAACAACAACGCAGAAAUGCCUGUGGGUGGACGGGUGGCUGGCAAAGUCGGAAUUUACAGCUCCCAUUACAAUGGGAAAGGCUACAGUGGUAUUAAUGAGGAGAUCAUGUGGAUUAGCAUCGGGAUGGGGAUCACCAUUGCAGUGUUGAUCACGAUCGCGUUGUGUUACAUCGCCCGUGAGAAAUGUCGCAAGCGGCACGAAGGAUAUUACGCCUCCUGACGCACGCUUCCGCCGCCCUCGUGGGCCUCGUGGUCUUUCUCGCCGUCUACGCCCGGAGUCUUCUUCAGCCCUACCACGUCCAGAGGCAAACCAAGGGCGUACUACAUCACCGUCUAACACCGAAAUCCGGUGACUAAUGACACCCGAUUCAUCCUCGAUCAAGCUGACGUAUCGCCGCGAGGAACCGACGGAAUCGACGCGACGUAGUACCCGUCUACUUUUUUUCCCUACGUUUAUUCCCCUUUUUCCGACUACCCUGAUCCUGUCAGCCGUCGUCCAAUCAUGACGUGACGAUGAUGCAUGCUACGAGGAAUCGUAUCGACGGGUUUCGUCGCGGGACGUGGCAAAGCAAUUUCCAUCCGACGGAUACGUAGAUUUUGUUAAAUAUUUUAUUUCGCGAGUUUCAACAGCCGGGAUUAACAUGGUUAAUGCUAGCUGAUGGUAUCGACGCAGUUCGAGUGAUGGAUCGUUCCUUGUUUUCAAGGAAAUUCAGGGAACGUGUUCAAUGCAUAUUCUAUGAUACGCUAGACUUCCGUAUAAUGUAAAUUCCUAUGACGUGCCAAAGAUAUUGCAACUACUUUUUUUAUACGACACACGUGUCAAGUAAUAAAACGCAGGAAUUACCUGAUUUGAUAUUUAAAUCUACUUUAAUUACGCAUUAGAUUGCU